AUGAGCCCUUCAGCAACAGACAUCGCGGAAGCCACAAUGGCAAAGCCUACCAAGUCAAAUAUUGGUGUUUACACUAACCCAGCCCAUGAACUGUGGAUCGCAGAAGCAGAACCCUCUUUGGAAAGCAUUGGAAAUGGAGAUUCGUUGAAGCCGGGAGAGGUUACAGUUGGUAUUAGAAGUAUCGGUAUCUGCGGGUCGGAUGUACAUUUCUGGCAUGCUGGAUGCAUCGGCCCAAUGAUCGUUGAAGAUACACACAUACUUGGACAUGAAUCGGCUGGCGUUAUACUGGCAGUUCACCCAUCGGUUGACAGUCUGAAAGUCGGUGAUCGGGUCGCUGUUGAGCCAAAUAUAAUAUGCGGUGAAUGCGAGCGAUGUCUUACUGGUAGAUACAACGGAUGUGAAAAGGUCUUGUUUUUGUCAACACCACCAGUCCCGGGCCUUCUUCGCAGAUAUGUAAACCACCCAGCUACUUGGUGUUAUAAGAUUGGCAAUAUGUCAUUCGAAGAUGGAGCGAUGCUAGAACCUCUGAGCGUCGCAUUGGCUGGCCUAGAAAGAGCCAAUGUUAAGUUGGGAGACCCUGUCCUCAUAUGCGGAGCUGGUCCUAUUGGUCUCAUUACUCUCAUUUGUGCUCGAGCAGCCGGAGCUUGCCCCAUUGUUAUUACUGAUAUCGACGAUGGAAGACUUGCUUUCGCCAAGGAGCUGGUUCCUUUUGUCGUCACACAUAAAGUCGAGAGAUUAUCCGCCGAGGAGGGAGCCAAAGCCAUUGUAAAAUCCUUUGGGGGCAUUGAACCAGCAGUCGCUAUGGAGUGUACCGGAGUUGAAAGCAGUGUCGCUGCCGCUUGCUGGGCAGUCAAGUUUGGCGGAAAAGUAUUUGUGGUCGGUGUUGGCAAAGAUGAGAUGACGCUGCCAUUUAUGAGAUUGAGCACCCGCGAGGUGGACCUACAAUUUCAGUACCGAUACUGUAAUACAUGGCCAAGAGCUAUUCGACUAGUCGAGAGUGGUAUCAUCGAUAUGAAGAAGCUUGUAACCCACCGUUUUCCACUGGAAGAUGCGAUCAAAGCCUUCGAGACAGCAGCAAAUCCAAAGACUGGAGCUAUAAAGGUUCAAAUCAAGAAUGAUGAAUAG